UGCGCAUUUCCGAAACGACGCUACACUCGUAAACAACAUUUUUUUUCAAUCAGGUAGUAUAUUUCGGGUGGUUUUUGUUCGAAAAAUAAAUACGGAUGAGCGAAGUGUCUUUCAACUAUACAUCGUGUACUCGAUUUGAUAUUGUUUUAAAAAAUGAGCGUGAUUCGCUGUAAUAGUUUAUGGUUAUUUUCGGUUGACCUUAGGAUGUGGUGACGUCACUAGCGAUCGUUCUGGAAAUAAACGCCAUAGAACAAUAAUGGCGGAUCUCUACGCUAAGUACAAUUGCACAUAUUGCCAGGAGGACAUCGCUGGGUUGCGUGUUAAAUGCGUGGAAUGUGCCGACUUUGAUCUGUGCUUACAGUGUUUUUCUGCUGGUGCUGAAAUAGGACAGCACAAAAAUGACCAUUCUUAUCAAUUUAUGGAUUCUGGUACAAUUAGCAUAUUUAGCGGGAGAGGAAGUUGGACAGCGAGAGAACAACUCAGACUUCUCGAUGCGAUUGAACAGUUUGGUUUUGGAAAUUGGGAGGAUAUAAGUAAACAUAUUGAAACAAGAACGCCUGAUGAGGCUAAAGAGGAAUACAUCGCCAGAUAUCUUGAUGGAAAUAUCGGUAAACAGACAUGGCCUUCGACUGAAAGUUAUAGACCAAACCUGACGGACCAAACUAGCUCUGAUUAUGGGCCACUAUCGCCAGACUUGACCUCGCGACUGCCACCGUUAGAUAUCACCCCAGAAGAAGCAGCUCAGCUCGGCUAUAUGCCACAGCGGGAUGAUUUUGAAAGGGAUUAUAAACACGAGGCAGAGUCUUUGGUUUCUUCGUUGUUUCUCACUCCUGCCGAAGACGAUGACCUUGACAUUGCGCUAAAGCUAGCCCAAGUUGACAUGUACACAAAUAACUUACGUGAACGAGCAAGAAGAAAACGUGUCGUUAGAGAUUAUCAACUUGUCUCUUCGUUCUUUGCUUCGACAAGAAAAGAUAGAGCGAUCAAGAAAAAACAGAGCAAAGAAGACAGAGAAUUUCGGGAUAGAAUGCGAACGUUUGCCCAAUUCUACACAGCGCAGGAGCACGAACAAUUCUUGACUAAUUUGGAAAGGGAACGAGAGCUCCGACUACGGCUAACCGAGCUUAGUCGUUACAGAGAGAACGGUAUCACCAGGCAUGAAGAAUGUGCCCAUUUCGAACAAGUCAUGGCACAGACUCAAGGUCAAACAGAAACGACGGAUCAUUGGACUGAAAAAAAAUCUGGCAGCAGUGGGCCGUCCACACCAACACACCGCCAAAUGUUAAAAAAAAGCCGAGAUUUAUUCCUAUUAGCUUCAAUAUACAAUACAGUAAGAUCGAGAAAUCAUAUUGUACGUGUGGAUUACAGAGAAGAAGAAAAAAGCUGCGGUUUAAUAGACCAAAAAUGCACGUCAAAGGCAGACUCAGCCAGCAACAACUACAUAAUCAAUCAAGCCAGUCCCAAUCGGACGACGAUUCCAGUCAAUCAGUUGGCGGUGCAAGAUAGCCAUACCAAUUCCACCCAUCCUACAAUUGCUUUCUCAAAAACUACUUUGGAGAAAGGCAACAACUCUACUGUUACAGCCAUCAAAGUCUCUCCAACGGGAUUUACAGUGUCCGAUGCAAGGGACGUAGAGAUGGAAGCGGCAGCUCAACUUCUCACCAAACAAGAGAAGACCUUGUGUCUCCAGCUAGAUAUGAAACCAACGCAGUAUCUUACCCAAAAGACCCUGUUGUUACAAGAGUAUCUAAAUGGCAAUAGGAGAUCAGGCGUUGCACCCCAGUCUGAGCCGGAGAGCAAGAUCCUUCACUAUCUGGUAUCCAAUGGCUGGAUUGCUGCGAACUGAUCAACGCAGAACCAAUUAAAUUUAUAGGCGACGCCUCAUCUCUAAGUCACCUUAGGAUCAUUGCAAGCCAAGUCUUAGAAAUAAAUAAUUUUACUGUAACUUAUUAUUUGAAUAUUAAUUGAACAGGUGGGAAGAAUUUUACCCUUUUUCAUCAUACUGCCAAAUCUGUCGCAUUGUUCAAGUUUUCAUAGAUUUAUCUAACAACAAAGAUUCCUGUCAUAGUUAUAAAGAAAAUUAAACCGUUUACUAGCAGUAGAUUAAUGUGUCGACUAAUUGCUGGCAAAUUUGACAUUCAACUAUAGAUCUAUUUAUAACUUGCUAUUUUGCGCUGCAUUAAUCUCAUUGUCAAGUAUUGGCAAGAGAUUUAAUUACUCUUUGGGUAACAUUCCGCCACAUUUACAAUUCUUAAAUUUAAGAAACGUACACAUUGUGUUCACCAAUUACUGUGAUCUUUAUAUUUAUUUUGAGAAGGAAUUGUCAGAUUGAUUAAAUUUAGUACUACUCAAUAUUCAAUGCUCCAAUACUAAAAUACUGUCAUCUGUUGUUAUCACACUGCUCUGGAGACAUCUGUUUGUUUAUGUGUGUCUAAUUGUGUGAGAAUCAUGCUUUGUUUUUGAUAAAAUUGAAAAUUUUUGGCCCAGAUUUUUGAAGAGCAAUACCUGAUAUUAUUUCAUCUCAUAAUUAAUGUACUAUUGUAAGUAGAUAUAUGUAUGUAGGUUGAUAUUUUACGUUAUUUUACGUAUAGCUGUCCUCUUACGCUGAAUGCGGUCGACGACUUAUUUAUAAAUAAUUGAAUACCUAGGUUCCGCUUCUAUUACCCUGAAAUUUUUGCUCAAUUCUAUUGUUUGACAAGUUAUGUUUCGCCUUGUUCAUCUGUAAAAUUUACGAAUCGAUAAUCCUCGGUUUCUUUCUACCUGUUCAAAAUAAGGUGUAUAAAUAAACUGUUUUCAUUUACAAUAACGAAAUUAACUAUGUAUCGCGAAACACUUAGGAGUGGGAUUUAAUUGUGAAUAUUAAUAUUGUAUUGCAUACUAUCGACGUGUAGCCAAUGCAAGAAAAAAAAUAUUCUCAAUCUUAGUUAAUGUGAAUUGUCGAAUUUUUUUUUUGUUCCUCUCGCUAUUGAGAAGUGUGUAAACUUAUAGAUACAAAACCAAAGCUCUUGAUGGCCAAGAAAAGUGUCUUGGAGUGAACAUGCCACUGGUGCCUCAUGGUGUUCCUCCACCACCAAAUUGCUGAAUAUUUGAAUUACAGUUAUAUUAUACUGUAUGUAUAGAUGCUUGAAUCGUAAAGAAAUUUGAGCUAGUUAGUUGUAUUGAGUGACAAGGACAUAGGAGUAUUAAAAGCUGCUGAUUUUCUGAAACUGUAAAACAACAUGAAUUUCUUAAUUUUAUUUCACACCUAUUCAUGGGAAAUGAAGUUUAAAACUAAUCAAAUAUUCACCUAACUUUCCGCUUACCAAAUAUCCCAAAUUAUCAUCCAUGUCAAUGAACUCUUAUAAAACGGACUAUAGCUAUGAGAAUGGAAUGUUUUGGUACCAUAAGUGAACUGGAGUUAAACUUUACUGUGAACUUUCUUUACCAGUUUACCGAUUUGUAAUAAAUCCUAUUCCUAUCCUGAAAAGUUGAGGGUUUGUACACAGUUAGGUAUUUAAAUGUAACUGAUUGGUAGCGGAAAAGCUAAUAAAAAUAUUUGAACAUCAUUUUAUUGUUAAAAAAUAAUUAUUACAUGAGGUGCAAUCUUAAAACAAUUGGUAAUAAAAAUAGUAAUAAUGAGACCACAUAGCUUGCAGAUUAAUUAACGGAAUAAUUCUCAUUUAAAGUAGUAGCAAUUCUUAUACGAUUAAUCAGCAAGCAAUCCAUGAUAGGUAAUUCAAAUGGUAAAUCUUGGUCAAUUGUCUCAACUAUCUAUAUGAUUAGUCAAGUUUAUUUAAAAUCUAAGAAAGAAUAGCUGGAACUGUUAGGUACAAAACAAGUUAUAACUAAUGAAAUUAAAAUGUUUAAUGGUGGAAAUAUAACAUUGUUACAUCAUAUGUAGAGAAAAGUUGCCAGUUGCCAAAGCCGUCUAUCUUUAAUUGGGGAUCAAAGGUAAGGGUUGCCCGAUCAUCUCGGCGUAGUUGUUAUGUGUUUAAGGUCUUUUGUAUUAUGAGAUGACUUUUAUAUCACUACAUGAUUUAAGUAACAAAGAUUGAAGGCA